CAAACACCACACCACAGCAUAGCAUUUUGCAAAAAGAUUAGAUUUUGUGGCAAGAAUCAAGCAUAGCGAAAGUACCUCACCAGCUCAGAAUAUCACCACCGCCUAUUUUCCCGUUCUGUUUUUACACUUUUUUCCAAUUUCAACUAUUUUCCCUAAAUUCUAGGGUUUUAUUCUUGUCCUCUUUUUCCCUUUCUCCAAUUCUUUCCCUUUUCCCUUCCCAAUUCAUAUAAUUGUUCACAUUUUUUUCAUUAGACAACCUCAGUCUACAACAGAUUCAAGCUCAAUUUACCAAUUUUUGUUUCAUCCUUUCUGAUUUUAACAACAUAGGGUUUUCAAAAUUUGAUUUUUAUUUUUUUAUCUUUGUUAAUUUUGCUGUAGGAUUUUGAAUCAGAUUUUUCUCACCUAAUCUCAAUGACCCAGGUCCUCAAAAUGGACCCUUUCAUUGUUUCAGUUUGAAAAGGUCCUUCCUUUUUCCAAUUCUCAAUACAUUAACAUUAACCCCUUUGUGCCCAUUAAACAGAAGGAAAAAAUGUAUGGAACAAAAAGCAAAAUUGAUCUUGCCUUUGAAUACCAAUCUCAAGCAUCAAUUUUGAGGCCUAGUAUUCAUUCUAGAAGAGCAAAUCUGACUGUUAAAUUCCAAGACCUUUACGGAUUUACGGUCGAAGGGAAUGUCGAUGAUGUCAAUGUGUUGAAUGAGGUUAGGGAGAAGGUGAGGCAACAGGGUAGAGUUUGGUGGGCUUUGGAGGCUAACAAGGGUGUUAAUUGGUAUCUUCAUACAACCAUAGGACAAGGGAGUGCUCUUACUUCUUCAUUGAAAUUCUCAGCAUUGGCUAAUGCUAUUACUUUGAAGAAGCUGAUAAGGAAAGGGAUUCCGCCUGUUCUUAGGCCUAAGGUUUGGUUUUCGUUGUCCGGUGCUGCGAAGAAAAAGUCCACCGUUCCUGAUAGUUAUUAUGAUGAUUUGACAAGAGCUGUGGAGGGGAAGGUCACCCCUGCUACUAGACAGAUAGAUCAUGACCUACCGAGAACUUUCCCGGGUCAUGCUUGGUUAGAUACUCCCGAGGGGCAUGCUGCUCUUAGGCGUGUUCUUGUUGCGUAUUCUUUCCGUGAUUCUGAAGUUGGGUAUUGUCAGGGUUUAAAUUAUGUUGCAGCACUGUUGUUGUUGGUCAUGAAAACCGAAGAAGAUGCGUUCUGGAUGCUUGCUGUCUUGUUGGAAAAUGUCCUGGUUAACGACUGUUACACAAACAACUUAUCAGGAUGUCACGUUGAACAAAGAGUGUUUAAAGAUUUACUUACUAAAAAGUGCCCGAGGAUUGCAACUCAUUUGGAAGGUUUGGAAUUCGAUGUUUCCCUUGUUACCACCGAGUGGUUCCUUUGCCUGUUCUCAAAGAGCCUUCCUUCGGAGACAACACUACGAGUAUGGGAUGUUAUUUUCUACGAGGGGGCUAAGGUUAUAUUUAACGUCGCCUUGGCAAUUUUUAAGAUGAAGGAAGAUCAAUUAGUAAUAACUCAUCAUGUUGGAGAAGUAAUCAAUGUUCUGCAUACGACGACUCAUCACCUAUUCGAUCCAGAUGAUUUACUAACCGUUGCAUUCGAUAAAAUAGGUUCGAUGACGACAAAUACAAUAUCUAAACAAAGGAAAAAACAGGAACCUGAAGUGAUGAAGGAGCUUGAUCAAAGGAUAAGAAGGCUAAAUUCCCUUAAAGCGGAAGAUAAAUAAUAAUAGCCUUUUGAUUUGUCUUUGUUUUUCUUUUUGGUUUCUUUUCAGACAUUGAAAUGUCUAGUUUUUAAUCUGAAAUAUUUCGGAACCACCGUACGUAUAAGUAUGGUUGAUUGAUCGAUCUGCUUGGACGACGAGACGAGCAGAACACUGAAUCUAUGGAAUCCUUUAUAUCCUCCUCAGGGCAUUAUCAUGAUAUGAGCCUUGGUGUUUUUCAGGAUGUUUGUAGGUGAUAUAUAAGUGUACAUUUGAAUGUGAAAACAUUAUAAACUAUUAAUUAAUCUUAUAAUGUGUAUUAUCAUCAAA